CCAGGCCGGGCCUCUCAGGACGCUCCCCGGGGAGAAGAGGCGGGGGCAGGGGGAGGAGGAGCCCCCACUCCACCCCCAUCCCGGGGACUGGGUAGCGCCUGCACUGGGGAGAGCCUCAAAUGCGGGUUGCUAUAGGCAACCAGUUGGAGUGACCCACUCGUCCCGGUUUGCCCGAGAUGUUCUGGUUUUAGGACCAAAGCAUCCCAGCGCGCCAACCCAUUGCAGUGACCCAGUUCUGCUUCCAGUACCCGUCUUCUCUCGCGGCUCAACCCAGUAUAGACCUAGGAGGCUGGAGGAGGACUCCUGUCCUUUUCACACUGCCUUUUUUGUAUUAGGGUGAAGGCACCCUCCGCAACAUUUUUCCAGCCAGGCCCAGACAUGCCCCUCCUUGUAAGAAAGCCUCGUGGUGGAACAUCUUUUUGACCCAUUCAAAUGGAAGGAUGAAAGCUCUGCAUAGGAACACAAUGUGAAUGGAAGAGAUCUGUCAUUAUGCAAACGAUACGGCACUCUGAACAAACACUAAAAACAGCUCUCAUCUCAAAGAACCCGGUGCUUAUGUCACAGUAUGAAAAAUUAGAUGUUGGGGAACAGCAUUUAAUGAACGAAGCCUUCCAGCCAACCAGUGGUCUCUUUGGACCCAUUACCUUGCAUUCACAAUCAGAUUGGAUCAUCUCUCAUCCCGAGGCUCCCCAAGACUUUGAACAGUUUUUCAGUGAUCCUUACAGAAAGACACCCUCUCCAGAGAAGCGCAGUAUUUACAUACAGUCCAUCGGAUCUUUAGGAAACACCAGAAUUAUCAGUGAAGAAUAUAUUAAAUGGCUUAAGGGCUACUGUGAAGCUUUUUUCUAUGGCUUGACAGUAAAACUCCUAGAACCAGUUCCUGUUUCUGCAACAAGGUGUUCCUUUAGAGUCAAUGAUAACACACAAAACCUACAAAUUCAUGCAGGGGACAUCUUGAAGUACUUAAAAAAGAAGAAACCUGAAGAUGCCUUCUGUGUUGUGGGUAUAACAAUGAUUGAUCUUUACCCAAGAGACUCCUGGAAUUUUGUCUUUGGACAGGCCUCUUUGACAGAUGGUGUGGGGAUAUUCAGCUUUGCCAGGUAUGGCAGUGAUUUUUAUAGUUUGCACUACGAAGGCAAACUGAAGAAGCUCCAGAAAACAUCUUCAAGUGACUAUUCAAUUUUUGAUAACUAUUACAUUCCUGAAAUAACUAGUGUUUUGCUGCUUCGAUCCUGUAAGACUUUAACCCAUGAGAUUGGACACAUAUUUGGACUGCGACACUGCCAGUGGCUCACAUGCCUAAUGCAAGGCUCCAACCACUUGGAAGAAGCUGACCGGCGCCCUCUAAACCUGUGCCCUAUCUGCUUACGAAAGUUACAAUGUGCUAUUGGCUUCAGCAUUGUAGAAAGAUAUAAAGCACUAGUGAGAUGGAUCGAUGAUGAAUCUGCUGACAUGCCUGGAGUAACUGCAAAACAUAGUCGUAAGGAUAAGGGGAAUUUACCAAAACCUGUUGAAGCCUUUAAGGAAUGGAAAGAGUGGAUAAUGAAAUGCCUUGCUGUUCUCCAAAAAUAAGGACCUUCGAAUAGGAGUAAUUAAAAUAAAUACUUGCACAUUAUGCUUUCA